UAUGCAAGUUAAUUCAAAUGAAGAGUUUUAUCUCAGAUAUUAGUAUAAAUUAAUAUUUACUUUAGUGUGGGACAUAAGGGUGUUUAUGGACAUGAAUUUCUUGAAUUUGAAUUUAGAAAUGAUGGUCGAUUGAGAUAUGCAAACAACUCAAAUUAUAAAUAAGAUGUUUUAAUUAGAAAGGAAUGUUAUGUUUCAGAAGCGGUAAUAGUAGAGAUUAAACGUAUCAUUGAAGAUUCAGAAAUUAUAAAGUAUGAUAAUGCAAUAAAAAUUUCAGAGAAAAUGAUUCUAAAUGGCCUGCACCUGAUAAAAUAGGGAGAUAAGAAUUAGAAAUUAAACUAGGAAACAAUCAUAUUUCAUUUACUACAUCCAAAUUAGGAUCAAUAUAAGAUGUACAAAAUAGCUAAGAUCCUGAUGGGUUGAGAGUGUUUUUCUACUUGGUAUAAGAUUUAAAAUGCUUUGUAUUUUCUUUAAUCAGCCUCCAUUUUAGAGUAUUAUUCUAGCUUAAUAUUAUUAGAUAAAGCCAGUCAAUUGAGCAUUAUUGUAUAUUAUAUAUAUAUAUAAUAUAAGUUAAUAAUAAAAAAAAUGAUCAGAGAUUGUUCACACUUAACAAAUCAGCAUGACUAAACUAAGUCCGCCCGUUACUUUGUCAUCAUUUAAUAAUAAUUUUAAUAUCCAUUCAGGUGA